CGCUGAGGCAAUCAGUCGGCACACUUGGGGAAGGGAUCCUUCCUUUGAACCAGUAACAAUGGCUCCACUCGACGUCCGAGGCCAGAUUGGUGCAGCCCAGCUUGCAUUUUAUGUCCCCCUUGCUGCCAUAUCCUUCUUUUAUUUCAUUCGAUAUCUCUUUCGACGCGAUGCCGGUUGGCUUUUUCUGCUAACAUUUGCCCUCACACGUAUUGUGGGAGGGGCCUUAAUUGUUGCCGGAGAGGCCACAGAAGACUCCAAUUUCAACGUCGACUUGUUCAUUGCUGCUUAUCUCCUGUUCCAUGCUGGCCUUGCCAUCCUCAUGCUCGCUGCAAUCGGUUUUCUGGGCCUCGCAGGGCAACAUACGUACAGUGAAGAACAUCGAGUGACCCGCCUCCUCAGAUUCGCUGGAGUGGUCGCGGUGAUGGCUUUAGCACUAUCCAUUGCUGGUGGACUUUUGGGUACACAUGUCAAUCCAGACACGAAUGCCGGGAUGAAUGUCAGACGCGUCGAGGCCGGCGUUUAUGGGGCGCUAUACCUCUUCCUUGUCUUCACUACGAUGGUUUCCUGGUCACAUCGCCACUUUAUGAGGAGUUACCGUAGACGGCUCCUUGCUGGGGUCACUUUCGCACUUUUGUUCAUCGGUAUUCGAGUCGCCUACGAGAUUUUGGCGGCUUGGUCCGCUUCUGAUGUUUUCGGUGACCGGCUAUCUUCAAAUCCUACCUUGGCCAAAUUCAAUCCUAUUACGGGAGAUUGGGUGCCGUAUCUGGUAAUGGGCCUCAUUGUGGAAUAUGUAGCGGCUGCUUUUUUCAUCAUACCCGCUGUCAUGCUGCACCGAAGAACACGUCACUGAAACGUACCCAUCUGUAUUUCACAUUUUACGAUUAUUGCUACGAUCUGACAGCGGGCUAUUGUACUGCGAGGAUGAUAUAUACAUGUA